AUGCGUUUCGGUCAUACCCUGGAAAAGUCUAUAUACCCGCCUUGGAAGAACCACUACAUCGACUACAACAAGCUAAAACGACUGCUUCGCGAACAUGAAACUAAAGGCAGCUCACAGGAUGGAAGCGAUGAUGAGACUCCGGAAUGGACGGAGCAGGAUGAAGAAAACUUUGUGCAGGAGCUGAUUAACGUUCAGCUCGACAAAGUCAAUGCAUUUCAGGUUAAUACCUACAAGCAGCUGCGGGAUCGAACCUCGCAGUGCGAGGCAAAACUGGAGCCUUUGGUUACAAAGGAAGAUGGAACCCAGGUGGAAGAUGCGGACAGGAGAAAGGAGAUUGCUCGGAGUGCCAUGAAGGAUCUUGACUCUAUUACCAAGGAGGUCAGUGAGCUGGAGAAGUUCAGUCGUAUCAAUUUCACGGGCUUCCUUAAGGCGGCUAAAAAACAUGACCGGAAACGAGGUACCCUCUACAAGGUAAAACCUUUACUUCAAGUGCGCUUGUCCCAUCUACCAUUCAACUCAGAGGACUAUUCCCCACUUCUCUACCGCCUUUCGACCAUGUAUUCUUUCAUCCGUCAGGAUCUCGGCCAGCGACCCUCCGAACAAUCUGCUGAAGGGGGUCCCGCUGUAGAUACACACUUGGGGCAGGAUGUGUAUACUUCUCAUAAGUUCUGGGUACAUAUGGAUAAUGUUUUGGAAGUGAAAACAUAUAUUCUGCGCCGUCUACCUGUUUUGGUUUACAACCCCAAUGUUUCUUCCAAAGAAUUCCAUAUGGCACCGAAGGAUCCCACCAUUACCUCCCUCUACUUUGAUGGCCCUAAGUUUGAGCUGUAUAACCAAAAAGUCGCUAAGACUCCAGGAGCUAGCUCUUUGCGCCUUCGUUGGACUGGUCAGUUGAAUGAUCAGCCAGAGAUUUACUUGGAGAAAAAAGCGAUGGCGGAUGGCGAUAGCAGUAACGAAAUUAGAGUCCGCAUCAAGGAGAAACAUAUUAAACCGUUCCUAAUGGGAGAGUACAAAAUGGAAAAGAUGAUUCAGAGGAUGGAGACCAGGGAUGGCGGGGAUUCGGAAAGCGCUGAAACUUUGAAAAAGAACGUUGAGGAAAUCCAGUCAUUUAUUAAGGAGAAGCAGUUGGAGCCCGUUCUGAGGGCUACUUAUACUCGAACCGCGUUCCAGAUUCCGGGCGAUAAUAGUCUUAGGAUAUCUCUUGACACCGACCUGGCCUUAAUAAGAGAAGAUUCACUUGAUCUGGAACGACCAUGCCGCGACCCCGAUAAUUGGCAUCGCACAGAUAUUGACAGUAGAGAAAUGGAGUUUCCUUUCUCAGAAAUCAAACCUUUCGAAAUCCGUCGAUUUCCCUACGCUCUGCUAGAAAUCAAAGUCCGUGGAGGCAACCUACGGAGAACAAAUAAAGAAUGGCUACUCGAUUUAAUGUCAUCCCAUCUAGUUAAAGAUGCCCCCCGAUUCUCCAAAUUUGUCCAUGGUGUGGCAGAACUCUUCGAAGACUACGUAAACAGCUUUCCAUUCUGGCUCAGUGAGUUGGAUACAGACAUCCGUCGGGACCCAGAAAUCGCAUUCCAGGAGGAACGGGAGAAGAUGGCAAAACAAGCCGAAGAUGAACUCGCAGUGGGAAGCUUUCUAGGGAGCCGACAAAGCCCUGCAACCCGCCCCAUGGUGGGAUCACCCAUCCACAAAGACCUUUCCGUUGGGUCUCCAGUAGCAGUUGCAGCAGUAGCAGAAAGCUCAAAGGCAGCGAGGGGCCCAGCAGCAGACACGAGACCCCUUGUUUCAGAAUCCCUCCCAAUCCCCAUCCCAGAACCAGGAAAGGUCCCCCCCACAUCCCACCUGCCACCCUCACGCCCAUCCGGUCUCCUCUCCUUCUUCCCACGAAGCAUGUCCCGCUACGCUGUAGCGCAUAGAGCGCCCUCAACCCCCUUACCCCCCGGCAUCCGCGAACCGGGGAUCUGGAUAAAGGACUCCGGCCCGGUCCGCGUCGAAGGCAAAGUCUGGCUCGCUAACCAGCGCACCUUCAUAAAAUGGCAGCAUAUCUGCGUCCUGCUCGCCUCGCUCUCCGUAGGGCUCUAUAAUGCCGCAGACGCCAAUAAUAGCAUCGCACGCGCGCUGGCGAUCGUGUAUACGUGCUUUGCGGUCUUUGCGGGCGGGUGGGGGUGGUGGAUGUACGUGCAGCGGGCGCGGUGGAUUCGGGAGCGCAGCGGGCGUGAUUUCGAUAAUGUGGCUGGGCCGAUGGUAGUUUGUUUGGGACUUGCGGUGGCGCUUGUGUUAAAUUUUUGGUUUAAGUUUACCGCGACGGUAUGGAAUGCUGAUAAACCUGGUUCCUCCCCAGGUCCUAUUCCUGCAGCAAAUGUUACCACGCACGAUGCAGAAGGUGCGUGGAUGCUGGUCAAACAAGCUGCCGCUGCUGGUCGAGGAGAGAUGUAA